AUGGAGGUCUCAGAGAGGGGAAGAAAUGGACUGUGCCAAGUGGAGAAAGUGGGCCCAGAAGAAGGUCAGACUAGAGAUAAAAUAAGCAUGGGAGAGUGGAAGUGCCCAGCUGGGUAUGGCACAGCCAGCCAGACAACAGAGAAUGAGAAUUUGCUCAGCAAGGUGAAGGAAGCAGCCCCCUUGAAGAACAGUUCGAGUACCAUACCAUCUGGACAUUUGCUUAUCCGCCACUCUGAUGGCCUUGAUCAAGACACCUUCAAAAUUUGCAAGGAGUUUCUGAGACCCUUUAAAAAAUCUCUUCGGAAACUGGAUUUGCCCAAAGAUCUUCCCAAGGACAAAAAACUGAAGUACACAAAGAAAAACUUGACUAUACUUGGGGAUCACAUCAAUAUGUUUCUUCAGCAUUAUUGCAAAUCCUGGGAACUCAAACACUGGAAGAAGAUGCUGUGGAGAUUUGUCUCUCUUUUCUCAGAACUUGAUGCAAAACACCUGCGCAAACUGUACAAAUACAGUAAGAGCAACCAAAUGGCUAAGUUUCUGAAAUUGUACUGUAGCUCAGAAAACCCCGAUUCAGUUCCAGUACCCGAAAACACCAAGUUGACCAAGCUGUAUGAUGCAUGGGGCCUCCAUGGAGACAUAAAUAAUAUGCAAGAGAAGCUGAGUCAGAUCCAGUCACAGCCAUCGCAAAUGAGCCUACAAGGUGACUUAGAGGCCGCAAGUAGGACAAAGAAGAGGCUCUGUAACACCACUUCAAACACCAACAAAAAGAGAGCACCUGACAAACACGGUUCCAUCAGCAAGCCUUAUGGACAAAAAGCACCAUCAGUGCCUCAAUAG